AUGGGCACGCUCUCGCCGACGCACAAGCCGGACUACUCCAAGACGGAGCCCGCGGUGCCCAUCCCGCCCCAGCCGGCGUGGUCCGACCCGACCAAGAUCGUCUCCUUCGACCCGUGGGGGCACCUCGUCCCGCAGGUGUUCAAGCACGAGAUCAAGGAGCUCGGCCUCGACGUCCGCCCGAGCAUCGCUGUCACGCGCGCGCAUAUGAAGAUGAGCGAGAUCGACGAGACGGCGCGCAAGGGCGACCUCGCGGUCGAUGGGAAGAUCCUCAUCAAGAGCCGCCCGCUCCUCAACGCGGACGGCUCGGAGAGCACUGCGGAGCCCGGUGUUGAGAUUGUUAUCAGCAAGGCUGCAGUGGAGCCUGUGUGGUAUCUGCCCGGCGUGGCGGAACGCUUUGGCAUUUCAGAAAGCCUGCUUCGUCGGGCGCUGUUUGAGGACACGGGAGGAAUGUACCCCGAACUCAUCACCCGUCCUGACAUCAAGGUGUUCCUACCGCCGAUCGGGAACUUGACAGCCUACAUCUUUGGCAACCCAGCCUAUCUUUCCGACGAGUCCAAGGAACUGACACUCCGUGUGCACGAUGAAUGUAACGGUUCUGACGUAUUUGGUUCUGACAUCUGUACCUGCAAGCCAUACUUGACCUACGCGAUCGAAGAGUGCAUCCGUGGCGCUCAACGCGGGGGCGUCGGGCUCGUCGUUUACUUCCGCAAGGAAGGCCGCGCGCUCGGCGAAGUGACGAAGUACUUGGUCUACAACUUGCGCAAGCGCGGCGGAGACUCCGCGGACAAGUACUUCAAGGCGACCGAGCUCGUCGCGGGCGUGAAGGACAUGCGCUUCCAGGCGCUCAUGCCGGACGUCCUGCACUGGCUCGGGAUCAAGAAGAUUGACAGGAUGGUGUCCAUGAGCGACAUGAAAUACAACGCUAUCGUACAGUCUGGGAUACCCAUCCUCCAUCGUUACGACAUACCCGCAUACCUGGUCCCGCCGGACUCCCGGGUAGAGAUAGACGCGAAGAUCGCCGCUGGGUACUUCACGAGCGGGAAGCAGAUCACAGAGGCGGACUUGGUCAAGACUGUAGGGAGGACGUGGGAGGAGACGGAGCACUGA